AUGAAUAAUUAAAAUAAUUCAAGUUUCAAUGCUAGUUAUUCAUCAGAAGAUUAAAACUUUGAUAGAAGAAAACUUUCUAGUCAUUCUUAAUUAGAUUCAGAUCUAACUUUUUCUGAAAAAAAAUAAUUAGCUUUAUAAAAUGCUGAGACCUAAUUUGAUGAAUAAUAAAAAGAAUUUUUAGAAGAACUAUAAAUUCUUUUAACUCCUCAUAAAUGUCGAAGAAUUGCUCAAGUUGAUAAAGAAUUAGAAUAAUUGAAUGUUUAAAUUAAUAAUUUGAAAAUCUUUGAUUACACUAAUUACGAGAAAUCAAUCUAAAAAAUCAAUUAAAUCAAAAAAAUUAUUUCUUAGAUAAUAGAUAAAUAUUUCAAAAAUAUGAUUUAACAAUAUUAAGUCAUUAUAAAUGAUUUGUUAAAAACAUCAUUUUAACCUCUUUAAAAAUAAAUAUAAAAUCUAAGAAAUGAAUUAUAUAAAUAUGAUGAGUCUUCGUGUCAAGAAGUAUUUGAUAGAUAUUAAUUCCUUAAUGAUGAAUUUAAUCUAAUGAAGAGUUAAUUACCAAAGGAUAUUUAUCUCUAAAUUAAUAAUAAAUCUAUGUAUGACAUCAAAGAUUCUUUGUAAAAAUUGAUUUCUUUAUAAUUUAAAGGUAUUUUAUAAUAAUAUACCAUAGAUGAAUUUAAAAUAAUUCCCAAUUACUUUAGUGGAUUUAAAUAAUAAAAAAAAAAUUUAGUAACUUUAAAAAGUAAAAAAAAUUAAUUCAAAUUAUAAGAACUUCAAAAUUCUAUUUAUUCAUUUAGAAAUAAUAUACUCUAUUCAUCAUAUAUUGAUGAAAUUGAUUAAGUGAAAGCACAAAUGAUAGAUCUUUCUCAAAAUUAAUAUCAAUUAGUUUAUGUUACACUUGUUAAUUCAAAUUAAUAUUUAUAUUUUAUAGGUUAACUAUUCAGAAAUUCUGAAAGUUCCAAAUAAAUGUUGAGUGAAUCUUUUAAGAAAUAUGAUAAAGCAAAAAAAUAAUUAGAAAAAUUAUAGGAUUUACCUUGUAAGUCUUAUGGAGGAUAAGCUAUAAAAAAUGAAAAUGCAAUAUAUUAUUGGGGAGGAUAUAUAUAAUCUGAGAAUCAGCUUUUAGGUAGUAAAAAAGGAUUUUUGUAAAGUUUAGUUUUAUUUAAGAUAGAUAUUAAAUAGAUUAUGAUAGCUGGGAAUAAAUUGAAUCAAUGAAAUACCCAAGAAUUAAAGGUUAAGUUUGUUCCUAAAAUAAUAAACUUUUCUUAAUUGGUGGAAUGAUGAAUCAAUAUGCUGCAAAUAGCUUAAUAGAAAUUUAUGAUACUACUCAAAUGAAAUUUAUUGAAACAAUUGAAUUGAUUAAUUAAAUGGUAUUUAAAUGUCUUAUAAAAUUAGUCUUAUAUUCCUCAAUUGCUUGGAUAUGCUUUGCCUAUAUCUAAUUAAGAAAUUUUAAUAAUUGGUGGAUAGAAUCAAUUUGGAAACGAAUGUGGUGCUCAAUUAAUAAAUAUACUCUUAAAAACAGUAUAAAAAAAUAGUUAUAAUAAUCUUUAAAAGAUUUUUAAUUUAAAUUGCUCUUAGCCAAUUGUAUACAAUAUAUAUUAGAUUUAGAUCUAUAAAUAAUAGAUAUUUCUAUUUAAUUCAGAGGACAAAAAAAUUGAAUUUAUUUAAAUCAAUGCUGAUACUUUGUAAGUAAAAAAUAUCAUACAAAUAUAAUGA